ACUGCGGCAGCCAUGGCCACGCGCUCCCACUGUGCGCUCGCGGCUGCCCUGCUGGUGGCGAUGGCGGCGACGAGCACACAGUCGCCGCACGGACAGGGGAGUGCGCGCAUCACCGACGGCAAAGCCGCUAGGCUCGGCCAGUUCCCACACCAGGCUCUCGUCCUCGGCGACGGGAGCCACAUAUGCGGCGGGUCGCUCAUCACCAAAACCGCAGUCCUCACCACCGCCUACUGCACCGUCAAUUGGAAGGAGUUUACCAUUCGACUGGGAAGCGUUCGUCGGGAUAGGAACGAGAGCACAUCCUGGAUCGUGGUCGCGAGCUGGGUCGUGGCCCACCCGGACUACGACACGGAGGGCUACUACGGCCACAACGUGGCUGUCAUAUUCCUGCCCCAGAGCGCCCCCCUCAGCAGUUUCAUUGCACUGGUGACGUUACCUUCCUCCAGCGAGGUCAAUGAAACCUUCGUGGGAAGAACUGCCUUGCUCAGCGGUUGGGGAAGACAGUUUGCCGGCAAGCCAUUUUCUGACGUUCUUCUGUUUACUGAGGUGACGGUUAUUCCCAAUUCAGUAUGCGAGCUGCAGUUCGAAGCAGAUACCAUUCUUGAAAGUACGCUGUGUGCCGGAAACAAGCACAGUGGCCUCUGUUCUGGAGAUUGGGGCGGAGCGCUUGUUCUUAAGUCCACAGACGGCUAUAAGCAGAUUGGCAUUGCCAGUUUUUUUCACAAUUGCAAUGAGCCUCUACCUGGUGCCUUCUCCAGGAUGACCUACUACCUCGACUGGAUAAAAAGCACUGCUGACAUCACUACUGACUAAGGAACUAGUAUUCACUGUGACAAGGUUCCGUUAUUUGAUCACAUUUCAUAAGUACCCUAAUUAAAAUUAAAAAAUCGGCACAGAACACUUAACAAUUGGCAAAAAAAUAUGUUCUCAGACAACUGUCAACUGCUAACAUGGCAUAAAUGAUACGAUCAUUGUAGCAGAAACCUUGUACUUACUGUACUUCGGUUGUUUUCCUCUCUGGCUGU